AUGACGUCCUUUCCUCUCCUCCCUCACUCUCCCGAAUACAAGAAGGCACAGCGCCAGUACCUCAAAGCCACCAAGAAUCGUCCAAAGAAUAUCGACCAGGAAUGGACUCCCUUCAGAGCCGCAGAGAAGCGCUUCAAGGCCCGCUUUCCACCCCCUGAUCUCUCUGGUGUCCUGGACCUCGCUUGCUUGGAUCCUGCAAGAGAUGCAGAGAUAGAGCUAGGUCGUUGGAAGGGAUCCCCUACAGCGGUCAAAUCAGUCAAGAUCUCCGAAGGAGCAUACACCAUUCCGCAGAUUCCAGGUCUCGUCGUUCUGCCCUCUUACCUCUCCAAGCAAAAGCAAAGAGAUCUGGCUCGGUGGUCGCUUGCUCGUCACGCUCGUCAACCCAACGAUACGAAUCUCGAUGUUCACUACAUUCUUCCUGAGGAAGGUCUGUGGAAUGCGCAUCUGAAAGCGAUGGAGAACCCACAACACGAAAUCGUCGUCCAACCCAAAGCAACAGGAGCCGAACCUUCUCCAUCGCUUCCGUCUGGACCUCGACAAUUAGUCAACAAUGAUGCUGGCUCACCAGAAACCUUCGAAGCAAUAUCCACCACCCCCAAACCGCCCCAGGAUCCAUCGCCAACUGUAAAGCCUGCCCCAGCUUCCUCCCUCAUUUACAAAUUACGGUGGGCGAACAUUGGAUGGUUUUAUCACUGGGGGACAAAGCAAUAUGAUUUUACGAAAGGGCCGGGUGUUAUAGAUGAUGAACUGCGUUCUGUCUGUAAUGAUGCUGUUCGGUCUAUUGACUGGAAGAAGGUUCACGGUCAUUCGAAUCCAGCAGAAUGGGGAGCCAGUGGUCCGGAAUGGGAAACUUGGGAGCAGACUUAUGGUGUGACCAACCCAAAUGUUUCCUUGAAUGUGACUUAUAUCAAGCAGGACACUCUAAUGGCGCAUGUCGAUCGGUCUGAAAUAUGCGCUACAUCACCCCUGGUGUCUAUAUCACUAGGGAACGUCGCCGUAUUUUUGAUUGGUGGGUUGACUAGGGACACAGAACCCAUCCCCAUCAUAUUGCGUUCUGGAGAUGUUGUCAUCAUGUCAGGACCUGCAUGUCGACGAGCAUACCACGGGGUUCCCCGAAUCUUGGAAGGUUCUUUGCCCUCACAUCUCAAAGUCGAGUCCUUGGAGGACGAAGAGCUGAAGAAGGAGUGGGAACCAUACGAAGAUUAUCUGAGUACGACGAGGAUUAAUAUCAACGUUCGUCAGUUUAUGCAAAACUAUCCCACGCUCUCAAUUUCUAGUGCUCACUACCACCGACGACCUAGCAAAGCCCUCCAAGUCAAAAUGGAAAACGACUCCGGUGUCCUCGUCGAUCUCUACGUUCCCCGCAAGUGCUCGGCUACCAACCGAUUGAUCACUUCCAAGGAUCACGCUUCCGUGCAAAUUAGCAUCGUCGAUGUUGACGCCGAUGGCAGGGCUUUGAACACCUCCACCACCUUCGCUCUGUGUGGACAGGUCCGAUCUCAGGGAGAGAGCGAUGAUUCCAUCAACAGACUGGCUACCAAGGCUGGACUGCUCCGCAAUGUGUGGUCAUACCAAAAGUAA